GGCGUUAAUCGACAGUCCCAAUUUAUAUCGAUAAGUAGACUGUUGCUUGAUUUGUUUUAAUUUCAUUCAAUAAUCAAAUCUUGCUUUUGAGUACGUCUAAAAAGUCAAGCAAAGAUCCCAACAUGGAGGAAGAAUGGUGGCAAACCAAUUUACGUCAGCUAAAUGCAAAGGGCAAGCGCCUGGAGACGCUCACCAGCAUGUAUACGAAAAUCAACAAACAAUCGGCCCUGCCGCGAAAAAUUGAGCUGCUGUUGCGUGCGCCGGCGCUCUACGAAUGCGCCGUUGUCGAGGGUACGGAUAAGGAGCCACUGGUUAAUCUGUGCACCGACUUCAUGAGUAGCUGCCUCGAGCAAUUGCAGCUGGACACCAGCGAUGCCAAUCUGCCGCAGCUGCUUAAUCCGGCUCUACAUCAUUCGAAUCCCGCACUGCGUUCCCUGGUACUGAACAUUCUGCUAAAGGAGCUGCGCCGCCAACAAGCCAGCGCCAUGCAAAUUCAGCCGCUGCCCAGCAAUGAGCUGCUUGUCUAUGUGCUCGACGAACUCCAGCAGCCAGAGACACAAAGCAGCACAGCUGCCAUCAACAUUCUGACCAUUGUGCUCGACCAAGGGCUGAAUGACGAAAGCGUACAGUCGAAGCUCGUGCAGCUGCUCAAGCAGAACGAGGUAGUGCGCUGUCGCGCCUACGAGCUAGGCGUCAUGUUAGCCAAGCGUAGCGCCGACUCCCUGUCCUCAGUAGAGUUCAUUUUGGAUGCGGCGUUAAGUGAGCUGGACAACGACGAUGUGUUGCUGCAGGCGAGCGUAAUGGAGAUACUUGUGCCGUUGGCCGAACAGAAUCACGGCCUAAGCUAUAUGGAGAGACGCCGCGUCUUCGACAUUAUCAGCAGUCGGGUGCAGCACAUCGAGGACAAUCCCUUGGAUACGCUACUCAUACCGAGUAUUAUGAAAUUCUUUGGCAAAAUUGCUGCUGUCCAGCCGCAAAAGAUCAUCACCGGCUAUCCACAUAUGCUGGCCUGCCUAUUCGAUCUGCUGGCAUCGGGCGAUGAGACAGUGCUGCCCACUGCCAUGGACACGUUGGCCAACCUGGCAAGCACAGUGCAGGGCAAGAUGCUAAUGCAUGUUCAGUUUCAGCCGGCCAUGGAGCAGAUGUUACGCAAAUACUCUGCCUACACGAAGAGUUUAUCGCCGCCACUGAAAAUACGCAUGCUCAACUCGCUGGAUGUUAUCUAUACAAUCAAUACGCCAGUCAGCCAGGAGCUGAGUGUCAUCUUAAAGAAUUGGUAUGAAUGCUUUGCUGGCGGCCAGCAAGUGAAUCACAUUAUGGAGUUGCUGCAAACUCCGUUUCCCGAUUUACAGCUCGCAGCGCUGGGUCUGCUGAAGACCCUCUGCCAAUAUCAAUGGGGCUGCAAGGCUGUGCAGUGCACGGGCGGUGCCAUUGAGUUUCUGCUCUCACGUCAACACGAUCUACACAAGGAUGUCAAGUAUCUUAAGUGGCAAAUCAUGGAACAGCUCUCCGUCAGCAAUGAGUUCUCAGCGACAGAGAUUGUUCGCUUUACCGCCUAUGUGAACGAGGGACCAUAUCAUAUACAGAGCGAAGUUAACAUAGCCACCGAGCCCCAGUAGCUGUAGCAGUAGCAGCUACUAUAAAACACUUUCUUCUAUAUAAUAUAUAAGAGUUUAGUCGACACCACAUUUUAACAUCGAGACACAAAGAGAGAGAGAAGGAGAACUAGAACUAGAACUAGAAGUAGAAGUAGAAGGAGAGGAAGCGGGAGAUGGAGAAAACAAAUGUUAUUUUCAUUUUGCAGUUGCGAACUGUGCCCAAAAUUCCAAAU